UUUCUCCGCCGCCCCCACCGCCGGACUCAUUCGUCACGGAGACUUGAAAGUGCAACGAUCGUCCCGACUUUUCGUCUCCAGCUUUCUCCGGCCCCGCUCACCGUGCAAGAAGCCAACAUGACUCAAGUCAACCGCUGCGUCAAGCUGAGCUUGAUCGUGUCCAACAUUUUCUUCGCGAUUGUAGGAGGCGCCAUUAUCGCCCUGGCUUUGCUGCUGCAGUUGCUCACGCGCCUCAACGGCGCCUCGCUGGAGGGCCGCGGCUCAGCCCUGAUCCUGCUGUACGUGGUGGGCACCAUCACCAUGGUGGUCGCCGCCGUGGGUGCGUACGGCGCACACCGCCAGAGCCGCGUCGCCCUCAUCGUGUUCCUGGUGUGCAUGGUCAUCGGCACGCUGAUGAUGCUGCGCGUCGGCAUCCCUUUGGCGGCCGUGCGCCCCGAGGUGGAGGGCCUGAUGUCCCGCCGCUUCGGAGAGCUGCUGCCGUUGGACGAAGCUGACGAAAAGACCAAGGAAAUUGCCGACGGCGUUCAGGAAAUGAUGCAGUGUUGCGGCGUGUUCAGCUACGACGACUGGCGGCAGAACAUCCCGGACUCGUGCCUGUGUGACGAGGCGGCGCGGCUGGAGGGCAAAUGUCAAGUCGUCAACUACAACCUGAUGAUGCUCCAGAUGAGGAAGUCCGUCUUCCGCCAGCCGUGUUUCCCGCUCAUCGUCCACUACGUGCUCCUGGCUUUUGACAUCGUGAUGGGCAUCGCCUUCGUGUUGGCGCUCCUGGCGCUGCUGGGCCUGACCCUGUCGUCCAUCCUCAUCCACCAGCUGCGGGCGGGCAGACGUCCCGCCGUCAUGCUCGUGCCCGCCAUCUUCAAGCCGGCGCCCCCCAAGUACCAGGAGCUGCAAAACGCGCCCGUGUACUAGAGGGACCGCUGUUCACCCAAACCUGCUGCAGUUACAACACGCACGCCAAAUUCAAACCCGUCGCGCUUUUCUCGGUCAACGCAGCACUUGCCCUUUUUCUUUGUUCAGACUACUGCGCUUGGAAAGCGGCGUUUUGAUUUCUUGCCCUGAAUAAAGACCACAUUCCAGUCAAAAC